ACAAAGUUUACUUCUCAUUUUCAGUCUGAUUUUAAAAUAUAAGAAACUAUUAGGCUGUUAAAAUUUUUAGUUUUAAAUUCAGAAUGCACGCUUGUAAUGUAUACGGAACCAUCUGUAACAUUGGACUACUAGUUAUAAUCGAAAUGAUUUACAUUUUUCGCAUAAUUUGCCAGCCACUGAGGUCCGAGGAUACUGAUCUGAAUUCGGCUAUAUUUGUUGCUGCCAUCCACAUUUACCUACUCCAAGUUGGACCACUUUGCAUGAUCGGAAGUCAAAGAAUAACUGCGACAAAACAUUUCAUUCGUCCUACAAUCCUUCACAUGGCGGGUGUCCAUCUGGCUCUGGCUCUCCUUUGGAACCCUACAGGUCUUGUGGUUGAAGGCAUUUUGUCUGCUGUGAAAACAAGUGAUUUACCCCAAUACAUGCACCUGAUUCGUCUUUCCACGGCCUUGAGCUUCUUGUGGUGCUGCUGGAAUCUUCCGAAAAAUCUGUGGGAUGCCCUUCCAUCGGAGAUCCAAUUAGGAAGUUUGGGCUUGCAUUACAGGGAACGCUUUCCGAGGCGAAGAAAACCCUCAUAUCAUGCUGUUUCCAGGGGAUGAAUAUAUUUAAAUUUAUAUAGCACCCAAUGCAAUCAAAUAACCAUUGUCGAGGUGUGUAAAUGUGUGCUCAUCAUAUUUGGCUUUCGAAUGUUUACCGACUGUAUAAUAUUCACAAAUGUGCUUACCUUUGUAUGUUUUAUUAAGUAGUUCUAAAAACAUGAAUGGUGUAUGUUUUUGAA